UGAGUGAUCCGAUCUGUGCGUUGUAUUUCUGUGGGGUGAACUCUCUCAGUCAAACUACCUUCAAAGAGCGGUUAGAGAAAUUUUGUUGUGAGUGCCAGCUAAGACAAGCCAGCAUCUCAGAAUGGACUCAGAGAUUUUGAACAUAGAGGAGAUAGUGAUGGGACGGGGAUUACCAGAUCCACCUCCUGAAGUUCCCCCUGAAAAGCCAGCAGAACCAUACAAACCCAUCACUUUGAAUGGACCUCCUGCACCCUCUGUUCAAUCCUACCAGCAUGAAAACCUGCAGUGUUUCCAGUGCUUCAUCACGUUUUGCAAUGCCAAAGCCAAGGAAAGGCACAUGAAGAAGAGUCACCGGGAAGAGUAUAAGCAACAGCUUCAGCAGGGAAACACAUUGUUCACAUGCUAUGUGUGUGACCGCACAUUUCAGUCAUCUGAAGAACUGACCCAGCACCAGCCAACACACAGCAAGGAUGACAAGCCCUUCAAAUGCGUUCACUGCAAGGAGAGCUUUAAGACCUUCUCUGAACUCACAGCCCAUAGAAGACAAGUGUGUCCAGAGAAACAGUUGGUAUGUAAAGAUUGCAACGAAACCUUCCGGAGUGCUGGACUUCUGCGUACUCAUCGCCUGACCCAGCAUCCCCGCCCAGAUGUAGAGACUACAGAACAGCCGGAGGACCCAACGAAAACCCAUCGCUGUAAGAAGUGUGGUCAGGGCUUUGAAACAGAGUCAGAGCUGGUAGCUCACCAGGAGCAGUACCCUGAAGGUCAGCAAUGCAAUGGCAGUGCUUCUUCCGUCAAGAAACGUGGACGGCCUGCCAAAACCGAAGACCCGGCUGUUGCUGAGAAAAAGGGAAAGCGGAAAAAGAAGGAUGAGGCGGAGGCGUCUGAGGAGGCAGUGACAGCCACCAGCACAUCAGAGUCAACAGCAGCCCCAGCAGAGGAAAAGGGAAAAGCAGGUGGAGCAAAGCGAGGCCGUCCUUCUAAAGCAGUAGCAAAACCAGAAUCGGAAGAUAAGAAGAGUCCCGAGGAGGACAGUCAAGCUCCAGGAAAGGAGAAGAAAGUUAAAGCAGAUUCAACUCCACCUCGUCAGCACCCCUGUCCUGAAUGUAACCUCACAUUCCCCGGCUUGAUUCAGCUCCGUGCUCACAAGAAGGAGAAACACACCCCGCGGAAAGCCCAUCCCUGCGAGGAAUGUGAAGAAAGCUUUGCCCGUCCUGAGCAGCUGGAUGCCCACAUGUCACGGGCUCACGCUGUUGGUCGCUUUGCCUGUCCAACCUGUGGGAAGAGCUUUGGCCGUGAGCGCACACUGAAAGCUCACCAGAAAAGCCACCCGGAGGAAAAGCCUGAAAACCCAAGUGCAAAGAGAUAAUUUAGACAUGGGAACAUUGCAGAAAGUGUAUUGUUUUUGAAGAUUUUAGUCAGGAAUUGUCCUUCUUUUCUUUUUCUUUUUUUUUUUUUUUUUAACAUUUGAUAUCUGAUGCUCCAGAUCAUGGUUUCAGAGGAGUUUGGAAUGGUUAUGAGAAUGGCGUUUUAGAAAAUUUUGGAUUUAAAGUUGAGUUUUGAUUAUGAGCUGAUGAAAUUAUGGACAAUUAUGGACAUGCAUCCUCUAAAUUGACUAACCAAAUGUUGUUAAAUCCAUCUAUUACACCCUUUGUCACAGAACAUAGUUUAUUUGUAAAAACAAACUGUUUUGAUUAACUUUUUAAAUGAUUUGUUUCUUUUUUUUUUUUUUAAGCGUGAAAUGCGUGUGGUGUGAAUUUAUUACUUGGUGUCUUGAGUUGUUUAACUCACUUUGUGGUCAAACAUGUUUUUUUAAAAGUUUUUUUUUCCUAAUUUUUUCAGAACAGACUGGGUAAGUACGUAUUUUGAAGCAAAUUAGAUGCCUAGUAAAGAUACUAUGUUUGAAUGUGUAGACAGUUUGUCAAAAGAAAUGUGUUAUGUACAGCUUCUGGUUCAUAUUGUGCAUUUUUUACACUUAAUAUUUUGAUUAUGUUCCUUUCUAAAUUAAGUCUCAUUGAGGAAGAAUUUUAAAAUAACAUAAUUAAGUUCUGCUAAAAUUUUAUUUUGGCCGAGUGCUCCAGAUUCAAUGUGGAGUGUUUGGCCUGUGGGCAGAAAUGAUCCACUAUAAUCUUGAUUUGUCUUACAGUAAAAUUUUCUCCUUUAUUUUUUCACUUAUUAGAAUGAUAUUUCAUGUCUUAGACACUUCUGAACUGGAACUCAUGGCUCUUUAAUGCCCUCGAGUCCUAUAGGGAACUGUGUAUAUCAUGUGUUAUUCACUGAUUGGAUUGUUUCUCUACCCACUGCAAUGUGUCUGGACACCGCAAAGAAAAAAAAAAAAAAACUAAUAAAACAUGCUAUCCCAAGGGAGG